AUGACGCCUCCUCUUAUCACCCUCGAAGAGCACUUCUUCUCCUCGGCAGUCCCCGAAAACCUGAAGUCCAAGUACUCUGAACAGCUCAAGCAUGUGGAUGGCGUUUAUGAUAAGGCCGUCGAUCUAGGAGCUCUACGCCUCCGUGACAUGGAUGCUGGCGGUGUUGCACUUCAGGUCAUCAGCCACGUACCAGGUCUUUCUGACAACCCCGUCGCCUGUCAUGCAGCGAACGACCAACUUGCCGGUGUUAUCAAUGCCAAAGAUCAAAGCAAAGGCCGCUUCGCCGGGUUCGCCGUAGCACCCAUGGGCCAUCCAGAUCAGGCAGCCGCUGAGCUUCGUCGUGCCAUCAACGAGCUGGGUUUCGUCGGCGCCCUAGUUGACAACCACCAUAACGGCAAGUUCUUUGACGGACCUGAAUACGAACCAUUCUGGUCAGCUGCCGAGGAGCUCGACGUGCCCAUAUAUCUUCAUCCAACCUGGGCCAGCGAAGACAUGAUUCCGCACUAUCAAGGCAACUUUACCCAAGGGGCGGCCAUGAGUAUGGCUUCGAGCGGGCUGGGAUGGCACACCAUGACGGCUCUGCAUGUUCUUCGCCUGUUUGCCUCGGGCUUGUUCGACAGACACCCAAAACUCAAGAUUGUCAUCGGCCAUAUGGGAGAGACGAUACCUUUCAUGUUGGAGCGAAUCCAGGUCUUGAGUCGCAGAUGGGGGGACUUCCAACGAGACUUCAAGACGGUCUAUGACGAGAACAUCUGGAUCACCACGAGCGGCGUCUGGAGUCUCAACCCAUUAAGAUGCAUCUUGGCCAACACGAAGAUCGAUCAUAUCCUGUAUAGUGUCGACUAUCCCUUUCAGAAAAACGAGAUCGGACUCGCGUGGAUUGAGGAUUUGGAAAGGAGUGGGUUGGUCAGUGAGGAGGAACUUAAUGCCAUUGCGUACGGGAACGCAGAGAAGCUCUUGGAAGUGAAGGUACCCAAGUUUUGA